AUGCAUUUUAUUAUUAAAAGCGCAAAAAUACAAGUAAACAGAUUGUGGAAACUUGCUCACUUUCGAAGCAUUUUAGCGGAGAUGCUUGGGAGCAACGAACUUGAACUUGAUGUGAUUUAUAAAAAUCGACAUUUGUCAGAAGAAAUUGGAUUUACUUUAGAACAGUUAGGGCUUGUUAACAAUUGCCGUAUCGUUGCCUUUAAGAGAUUGAAGGGUUGCUAG